CCUUCUUCCCUUUCCAUCUUCCUCUCCCUCUCCCAGGUGAUUUAUUUUCCCCUCCCUGGGCUUGCCCAUGAGCCUCCUCGGGAGCUACCGGAAAAAGACCAGCAACGAUGGUUAUGAGUCCUUGCAGCUGGUGGACAGUAAUGGGGACUUAAGUGCGGGGAGCGGCGGGGGUGGCGGCAAGCCGAGAGUGCACGCCGGGGCGGCGGCGGCGGCGGCGGCGCGGAGUCCCGCCCGGCACCCUCCGGAUCGCGCCAGCACCAUGGACAGCUCAGGUGCCUCGUCUCCAGACAUGGAGCCCAGCUAUGGAGGCGGUCUCUUUGACAUGGUAAAAGGAGGCGCAGGGAGGCUCUUUAGUAAUCUGAAGGACAACUUGAAAGACACCCUCAAAGACACGUCUUCUAGAGUUAUACAAUCUGUUGCCAGCUACACGAAGGGAGAUUUAGACUUUACUUAUGUUACCUCAAGAAUUAUUGUGAUGUCCUUUCCUCUGGAUAAUGUUGACAUAGGAUUCAGGAAUCAGGUUGAUGACAUUCGAAGCUUUUUGGAUUCCAGACAUCUUGACCACUACACAGUGUACAAUCUGUCACCCAAGUCUUACCGGACUGCCAAGUUUCACAGCAGGGUCUCAGAAUGCAGUUGGCCCAUUAGGCAGGCCCCCAGUUUGCACAACCUCUUUGCUGUGUGUCGGAAUAUGUAUAACUGGCUACUACAGAAUCCCAAAAAUGUCUGUGUCGUACACUGUUUGGAUGGACGGGCGGCAUCAUCAAUUUUGGUUGGCGCUAUGUUCAUUUUCUGUAAUCUCUACUCUUCUCCUGGCCCAGCUGUUCGACUGCUGUAUGCAAAGCGGCCAGGCAUCGGACUGUCACCAUCACACAGGAGAUACCUGGGCUAUAUGUGUGACCUACUAGCGGACAAACCCUACCGCCCUCAUUUCAAGCCUCUCACAAUUAAGUCGAUCACUGUCAGCCCAAUCCCCUUUUUUAACAAACAGAGAAAUGGAUGCCGGCCUUACUGCGACGUAUUGAUCGGAGAAACCAAAAUAUACACAACCUGCACAGAUUUUGAACGAAUGAAAGAAUAUCGUGUGCAAGAUGGGAAAAUCUUCAUUCCUUUAAGCAUCACUGUGCAAGGAGAUGUGAUUGUUUCCAUGUAUCAUUUGAGGUCAACCAUUGGGAGCCGGCUGCAGGCUAAGGUGACGAACACACAGAUAUUCCAGCUUCAGUUUCAUACGGGAUUCAUACCACUGGACACAACAGUUUUAAAGUUUACUAAGCCUGAGUUGGAUGCCUGUGAUGUGCCAGAAAAAUACCCUCAGCUGUUUCAGGUGACACUUGAUAUAGAACUACAGCCCCAGGACAAGGCGGUAGAUCUGACUCCGCCCUGGGAGCAUUACUGCACGAAAGAUGUCAAUCCCAGCAUCCUUUUCUCUUCUCAUCAGGAGCAUCAGGACACUCUGCUCUUAGGAGGGCAGGCUCCAGUGGACAUCCCACCGGACAACCCCCGGCAUGUUGGCCAAAGUGGCUUCUUUUCUUCUCUCUGCUGGCAAGACCAGAAAUCAGAGAAGUCGCUCUGCGAGGAGGACCACGCUGCCCUCGUGAAUCAGGAGAGUGAGCAGUCCGACGAUGAACUUCUGACCUUGGCGAGCCCACACGGCAAGGCCAAUGGUGACAGACACCAUGGUGCCAAGAAGCCCAGCAGAAAGCAGCAGGAGCCAGCUGCGCCCCCACCGCCUGAGGACGUGGACCUUCUGGGCCUAGAAGGGUCAGCAGUGAGUAAGACCUUCUCUCCGCCAGCGGCUCCUCCCACCAACUCUGAGCUGCUGAGUGACCUGUUUGGUGCGGCUGGCCCUGCCCAGGCUGCCCAGGCAGGGGUGGACGACAUGUUUCAUCCUGGCAGACCCACGUCCACCCAGUCAACACCACGCCGAUCUGCCACCUCCACCUCCGCGUCGCCCACCCUGAGAGUGGGAGAAGGUGCCACCUUUGACCCAUUUGGAGCACCUUCGAAGCCACCAGGUCAAGAUUUGCUGGGUUCUUUUCUGAACGCGUCCAGUGCAUCCAGCGACCCCUUUCUCCAGCCUACGAGAAGCCCCUCGCCCACAGUGCAUGCUUCUAGCACACCUGCUGUGAACAUUCAGCCAGACGUUUCAGGAGGCUGGGACUGGCAUGCUAAACCAGGAGGUUUUGGAAUGGGAAGCAAGUCUGCUGCCACCAGCCCAACCGGAUCUUCACACGGCACUCCCACCCAUCAAAAUAAACCCCAGACUCUGGACCCCUUUGCUGACCUGGGGGCACUUGGGACAAACUUAGCAGGUAGUUCUUCCUUUGCCAGCAAACCCACUACACCAACUGGAUUGGGUGGAGGAUUCCCGCCUCUGAGCUCACCACAGAAGGCAUCUCCCCAGCCUAUGGGUGGAGGCUGGCAGCAGGGUGCGGGCUACAACUGGCAACAGUCGCAGCCCAAGCCACAGCCCAGCAUGCCCCACUCGUCACCUCAGAACCGACCCAACUACAACGUGAGCUUCUCAGCCAUGCCCGGGGUCCAGAACGAGCGUGCAAAAGGACCUGCUAAUCUGGAUGGGAAACAGAAAGCGGCUGACUUUGAGGACCUGCUCUCUGGCCAAGGCUUCAACGCCCACAAAGACAAAAAGGGGCCUCGAACAAUAGCGGAGAUGAGAAAGGAGGAAAUGGCCAAGGAAAUGGAUCCCGAGAAAUUAAAGAUCUUAGAAUGGAUUGAAGGCAAAGAAAGAAAUAUUAGAGCCCUUCUUUCCACAAUGCACACCGUGCUCUGGGCUGGGGAGACCAAGUGGAAGCCAGUUGGCAUGGCAGACCUGGUAACUCCAGAGCAGGUAAAGAAGGUGUACCGGAAGGCUGUUCUGGUGGUGCACCCAGAUAAAGCUACUGGGCAGCCCUACGAACAAUACGCUAAGAUGAUUUUCAUGGAACUAAAUGACGCAUGGUCUGAAUUUGAAAAUCAAGGCCAAAAGCCCUUGUACUAAUUCACAAGCUUUCCCAUCUUGGCUGCAGACGUGUACUAAUAAUGCUUAGUGUGUGUCACCGUUCCGAGUAUUCACAGAUGAACCAAACAAAAACAUUCAGUAAUGCGUUUUCAGAACUAAACUGUUAAAUAACUCGUGAGUUAAUUCCUCGUCGAUAAGGCAUGUGGAUGCUUGGUUUCUCGAAGUCCCCAGCAUACAAUGUCCAGAGAGGAGAGGACGGGCCUUGUCAGUCAGAUGACCUCGCAGAGUGACGGCGUUGCAGCCUGCCCCGUGGCGAGCCGACUCAGCACUGGCCCGGGAGGAACGGAGCUGGGGGUCCUAGAAGGCACUGCACGCGUCCGUCGCAUUGGGUGACAUGAGCAACAGUUAAGAGGGUAGAAUUACAAGGUGGUUUUAAGUAAUGGUUUUAGCCUUUCCUUAAAAAGAUGUAAUUUGAGCAGUGGCGUUCUGGAUUCGAGAAACACAACCAGCAAGUUUUUUUCUGUGUCUCCCCCUCCCCACCCCAUCCCCGUGGGAAUUUACUAUGACCUUUAGCAUACCUGUACACUUGUUUUGGUCAGGGGGACUAACAAACAAAACAGAACCUAAAAUGCGGGAAGUGGUUACGCUACAGUCCAUUGAUGACCUUGGGCUGUUGCCAGGUAUGUGCACCAGGGAAAAUGCUGGCUAUAGAAAACAGGGAUUCUGGGCAUCUCAAAAUCUUUAUUUCUGGUCAGGCGGUUCUGCCACUGCCUUCCAUUUCCUUCAUGAAACUAGGGUCAAAUAAAGAAAAAGGUCUUCAUAGUAGAGCAGUCACUCUGAACCUCAAUGGAAAGGAACUCCUAAUUCCCCAUAAGCCUUUUGCUUAGCCAAGAAUGUUGCAAGCUGGAAAAAGGUUUUGAAGCCACUUGGCCCGUUCAGAGUUUAUCAGGCCUGAUAGCGAGUUCUGGGCUCAGUAUUCUCUCAGUUUGUGGGCGGUUGUGGUCCCAGAUUGCAAGAGGACAACCCUGAACGCCUGACCUGAGAAAUACCCACUGAGUGAAGGCUGGGCUGGCCUUCAGAUCGACUCAGCUGUCUGGUCAGUAUUUGACUCAAAGGAACCAGAUGCCACACUCCCUCCCCACCCGGUGGAUUGGGACCACUUGGAUUAGCUGGUGGGGUUUAUUGUUUUAAAAAUAGUUGGCAGUCCAAAGGAAUAACAUUCACACAGGGACAUCUGUGAAAGCAAAGCAAGAGUGAAGUCUUGCCAGACCUCAAAGCAGCAGGAUUGCAGUUCAGUGUGUGGGCUGCUAAGCAGUUGGUACCUUAAGACUCUGGCCGGUCAGUUUUGGGUUGCCCAGACACAGUGUGCCGAGAAUCCAUACGCAAAGCGAAUGAGCAAAACGAUGCCAGGCUCAUCUGAAAGGUUUAUAUCAAUAUUGUGAAAAGCUUUCAAAAGUUGUUUUUCAAUGACAAUCAUUUUUGGUUUCUAUUUUAAUUUCUUUGUGGCAAACUAUACCAGAAAAGCAGCAUGUCAAAAAUGAUUUAUGUUCUAUAUAGAACUCUUUAAAAAAAUUUUUUGGUUAUAAAAGUUCACUAUUUAUUUUACCUUUAACUGACAAUGUGAAACUCGCAGAAAAAUGUUAAAUUAUACAGCUGUUAACUGGUCAAGGUAACCAUAACAACUAGGUGUUAUUUAUUAAUGUAUUAUGAUAUAAUGUUUGAUCCAGUAUGUGCUUGUCUUAUUUAAAAUUGGAAUGUGAGACAUGUUGCUGUGACCUGCUUUUGUUUUUUGUUUUCCUUUCUCAUUCACAUCUGUAGAUAAUGCGUGAACUACCGUAAUAUAACAAUAAUUAAAAGGAUAUUAUGUGGAUGUCACGUACACUUUGAAAUGGUAGAACUAUAUUAGCUUUGUAUCACGUUUGGAUAAUUCAUCAAAGUUCACAUUUAAAACAUCAUCAAAUUAAUGCUAUGUAAUUAGCAAUGAGAAAGAAUCUUACCUAACUUAAAUUUGGGGAAUUUUUCCCCUUCACAUGUCUUUUCCAGAUACAUUAGACUUCUGGACCCCUAUUUAUCUCAAACCUCUUAACAUAUGCAGACCUGCAGGUUGUUAUAUUCCCCUUAAAUAUCUGGUUGUGACACAGCUUGUUGUUGGUCAGAGUCACUGUUUCAUUCAUAUUUAUUGUAAUAUAUUUUUUGUUUUGUAAAUAUAUUACACACAAUAAAAUGUGACUGGUCUAAAAUAUUUGUAAUGUAUAUUAAAAGGCUCAAAAAUA